AUACGUGCGGGGUGCACAAAACAUGGCGCACAAUCUAAUCGGGUGAUUAUCAAUGGCCGUGCCAAACUAGAACCUAGAAACCCUAUGGGCGUUGAAGUAGAAACCAUUGCUUGUUGGGGAUGUAGUCCGGCUUUGGUCAGUAGGCAACGACUUCGCAGCGGCAACUGCUCGAACUGCUCCCAAUACGAGCAUGUACGCUCCCGUAAUGGAUUGGGGCGAUUCUGACUUUGGAAUCCAUGUGGUCAUCUACAUAGCUCUUGUUGUCUUCUUCUUCUGCCUCCUACCGAUCGCCUGCUACUAUGUGCGCAUCAAGAGUCGAACGCUGGCCAAGAUCUGCCCACCACGACAACGACGGCAGCAACAGCAGCAGCAACGACAGAGGCAUCUACGAUAUGACAUUGGAAAUGAUCGCCAGGGGGGUGCGCUGAACACUUCGGAGGAUCGGCCGCACAACCGGUAUGGCGAUAUAUUCUUCAUCGAGCCAAGCAGCGAGGAGUCGGCCCGCAUUCGCAGCCAGCUGGAGAAGGACGACAAGGAGCUGCCCAGCUAUGACGAGGUGAUGCGCAUGUGUAAUCUGACAACGCCAACGGCAGCCGCCGCGGCACCUCACUCGCCCUUGGCUGUUCCCAGCCCCAUUGGGAUAGCGGCUUUGCCAGCUCCGCCAUAUUCGGAGUCAGAUCCGUACGCCGGGGCUGCGGAGGCGGGGGCGGGGUCGGCGAUAUCACCCACAGUCAUCACGAUGGAGCCGGAACCGUCGACAUCGCGUGCCGCACAGACCCCAACAAACACCAAUGUUGGCCGCGGUGCCCCUCUGACCCUGCCGAACACGGCAUCCAAUACGGAAGUUUGAUUGGGUGAUUGGGUACUGCUGCAUUUCCCGAGCCACUCUGGGCCGCACAGAUGUCAAUUUGUGUGUGCUUUUCAUUUCAGAAAUGAACAUGUGUGAUUUUAUUAGGUGCAUCCUAAGUACAUAUUUAAGCGCUAGAGUUUAAGUUUGGCUUAUUGUAAAUAUGUAUUAAUACAAUCUAGGCUGAAAUAAAUAUUUUAAGAGAUACAAAUAUUAA